AUGAACAUGCAGGCCACUCUACCGUCUCCGCAGCGGUCGCGAGCCUCAUCGCGCUCCAAAUCGCCACUAUCUAUCGACCUUUCAGACCUGCCACCACUGGUCGAGCCAUCGCCACCUUCAAACACUCUGAUCAUUACCAACCUUCUUGCCCCCGAGAUCUUCCAGUUCUCAACACUCACCGAGAUCCGCGAGACAAUAGACCAACAUGCAAAAGUCCACACUUGGGCUCCUCUCAAGUCCUUCCGCCGUAUCGUAGUAUCUUUCUUCGACGUCGACUCUGCGAUCCAAGUCCGCCAAGCACUAGAUGGCGAGCAACUUAUGGGCUACCGCAUUCGGGUGUACUUUGGAAUGAACACGCCACUGAACCCCACCGACCAGCACCUUGCGCUUCCACAAUCCGACCGACUCUUUUUUAUCUCGCCACCACCAUCGCCCCCCAUGGGCUGGGAAAUGAAGCAGGAAGAUGCGCCGAACAAGCUUGUCCAUGCUGAGGAUCUUGCAGCAGCACUGGCACGCCUACAUGCGACACCAAAGGACGACCCAUCGUCGCCUACUUUCGACCACAGCGGCCCCUCAAUCACUAGACGGCGCACUGGAAGCACAACAGUUGUGUACCACCCAGAAGACCAUGGCGACUCACCGAAUCUCCCCGCUAUAUCAGUCGAGGACACGACUGAGACACCUGAGCCCCUGACGCCUAUCGACGCAAUGGAGGGCGUUGAAGGACCUAUUGCGUCUCAAAAGGCACAGGGUAAGACCGUCAGCACAUCGCGGCCUCCGAUUGAGUUCAUGGAGUAG